AUGUAUGAGAUAUUAAGCGAUGUUUUGGACGACAAAGAAUUGGUCGCAAAGUUUGAUAAAUGUCUUACUUAUGAGAUAUUGGCUUCAAUUGCGGACAUUAAAUAUAUUAACGAAGAAAUGUUUGUCCGCUUUAACUGUCAAAAGACAAUGGAUUGGUUGUCGAAGAAGAUCGACAACACUGUAAAUGCAAUGAUUGUAAACGGGAUGAAUGUCUCGUGCGAUGGCUCUAAAGUGAGCGGAUAUAAGUCCGGCAAAGAGGACGCCAAUCGAGAAAAGGGUUAGUUUUUAAAAACUUAUUUUUAUUAGUUUUAGUUUUAUU